GCACGAUCGACCUUGAUAUUUGGAUUCGCGGCGAAAGAACGAGAGAACGAAGAUAUUUUUUCUAGGAAAAGGAGACUAUUCUGAUUUUGUUUUUUUUUUUAUUUCCGAUUUUGUGAAUAUACAUUUUUCGAGAGCGCGGGAAUAUUGCUAAAAUAUUCUGUGAGGUGCUGAAUUCAGUAAUUUUGAAGGUAUUUUGUCGAGAUUGGAAAAAUCGAUCGAUCUCUAUCGAUUGCCUCUUCGUCACGAUAGUACACGAUACUAUCACGAUGCGUGAAAUAUAGCUUUUACAAAUCUCAGAGUUUCCGAGUGUCUUUUAUAAACUUUGCGACAGCGAUUUUACUGCCGAAUAAUUGUUUUUUUGUUUUUGUUUUGAUAAGAGCGGUUUUUUUGUUAUACAAAUAUUAGGAUGUCCCGCAAUAUCAGCGGGCAGAGCGUGAUUCUUGGUAAAAAAAAAAGAACAGAAAAUGUUUUUAUACGAGUCUUUGCGUUUCCGAGGUUUAAACAAUCUUCAAUAACCUUGUGUGUGAUACAUCAUCAAGUGUAUUUCGCGAUAUUGAUAUAUUAAAUAAAAAAGUACAAUGACACUUUACAAUGAAACUUCGAAUCUUUGAUUGUUGCUGUUAAAUUUGCAUUUUAAAUCGCUUUAGCAUAAAUAGACUAGUGCUUUAAUAAAUUACUUUUACAUAAUAAGAUGUAGCAAUGAACUUUGAUAGAGAUAAGGACAUUUAAAUACGUUAACUGUUUUUAAUUUUUAAACUCUCGAUUUUUCGAGAAACAAAGUAUCGUGAGAAACAAUUUUAUUAUUAUGAAAUUGUUUCAGAAGAAGAAUCGCGCUCUAUUCACUGAUAUUACACGAAAUGCGGGACGUCUGUAUACAUACAGACAGAAUCCGGACGAUUGUGCAAAGUCCGUCGGUUUUUCUACAAAAAAAAUUCACGCAAGUGCGACUUUUUGAUAAGUUUUUUUUUUUUUAUAUAAGUUGCGAAAAAAAAAAGCAAAAUUUCUCUCCCUAUCAUUGUUGUUGUCACGUGUUGCAUACGUAACGAGAGAUCGACCAUGUAUCUUAUACACGUAUAUAUAUCUUAUACAUAGAUUAAGAUUAGGAAGUAGGUGAGAGUUAGCGAUUAGGUGAGAGUUUGUCAGCUGCUCGUCAGUAAACGCUCAAUUAAUAAAUGUGUUAACAACGAAAAGAAAUUACUAACCAAGUGCAACACAAGUGGAACACGCAAUACGUUCGAAGCAAAUUCGAAUAGAAAAAAAAAUAAAUAAAUAAAGCAAACAAACUUUUCGAUUGUAGCUAAAUAAAUUCGAAAAAAAUGUGUACACCAUCGCCAAAUAUACGCACAAUCACUCCGCGAAAUCAAUCUCUUCUUCGUAUAUUUUUACUAAGAUAAGACGACGGUGUGUUCAUUACACGCCGAACGUAUUCUCUUUCUACGUAGUGUGUUCGAAGGAAAACGUUGAGAAUUAAUGGGGAGAGUGUAGUAUAAAUCGAGAGAAACAGAAGAGAAGACUUUCGAUCGCGAAACUUGUACCUUAACGAAAAGAAACGAGAGAUUCUAAAUUAAUUCAAACGAGAGAUACUCGCUCCAUAUCCGUUACGCUCUAUAAACUUCUAUUUAUGUAACGACCACAUCGCUGUGUAUAUGUACUAUUUAAGAGGAUUAUUUCCAGUACGAUUCUAAUGAGAAAGCAACUCGUCAAGUGCCUGCGCGCUAUGGUGCGUAAUACCAAAGAAUAACCAUCACGCGAGCAAGGAGCAAAUUCGUCAACAAAAACGAUCGACGAUCUAAUUUGAGAUAAUGUAAAACUAACUGUGCGCAAUGCGAGAGAAAAACGAAAAAAAAAUUUUAUCUCGGACUGUAUUUUUGCAAGUGUAAUAAAUCGACGCUUAUACACAAAUUUCAUUAGACGAGAAAUUUCUUCCCAUCCUUUUUCAUUGUUUUAUUUAUAUCUUUAUUGUUUUUUACUUUCACGUAUGGAUUUUCUCAUUUGUUUUACUAUUUUGUGAACAAAUGAGUGAAAGUCUCGAAGAUUUCGAUCAUUCAACGUACGUGACAGCGUGCGUCCAAACCUGGAAGAUAUUUGCGAAAAUGUUGCACAUGUCAGUCAAUCGGCUAACACGUGGAAUAAUCAAAUGCGUCGGACAAUCUCGCGCGACGAUCAGAUAUUCGCGAUGCUUUCACGUUAACGUCAGCCCGACGGAAAAGGCUACGGUCAAGUGCGGGAACGAUAGCAACUUGUAUCCUCUGAUAGAUCACUGUUACGACGUGGUUGUCGUGGGAGCGGGUGGCGCGGGAUUGAGGACCGCCUUCGGUCUCGGUAGCAAGGGGUACCGCGUGGCGGUGGUGACCAAGCUCUUCCCGACCAGGUCGCACACCGUGGCCGCGCAGGGUGGAAUAAACGCCGCCUUCGAGGAGGAAAACGACAACUGGCUCUAUCACAUGUACGACACCGUCAAGGGAUCCGACUGGCUUGGCGAUCAGGACGCCAUACAUUUCCUCGCGAGAGAAGCGCCUCGCGCCGUCUACGAGCUCGAGAAUUACGGUUGUCCGUUUAGCCGCAAGGAUGACGGUAGGAUCUAUCAGCGUCCUUUCGGCGGCCAGUCGUUGAAAUUUGGACAAGGCGGCCCGGCAUGUCGGACCUGUGCGGUCGCCGAUCGAACCGGUCACGCCAUGCUUCACACCCUUUACGGACAGAGUCUUCGUUACGAGGUGCACUACUUCGUCGAGUACUUCGCCCUCGAUCUCCUGAUGCACGGUCGGUGCUGCAAGGGAAUUCUGGCGUGGGAACUCGAGACCGGUCAACUGCACCGAUUUAGAGCUCAUCACACGGUGAUGGCGACGGGCGGUGCCGAGAGAUGUUACCUCUCCUGCACCGCGGCGCACGCCUGUACCGGCGACGGCAUGGCGAUCGCGUGUCGAGCAGGACUGCCGUUGCAGGACAUGGAGUUCAUUCAGUUUCAUCCCACCGGCAUUUACGGCAGCGGGAUAUUAGUGACCGAGGGUUGCAGAGGAGAAGGCGGCAAACUCGUCAAUUCCGAGGGGGAGUUUUUCAUGGAGAAGUACGCGCCGGUGGCUAAGGAUCUGGCGUCCCGCGACGUCGUAUCGAGAGCCAUGACCAUCGAAAUAUUUGAGGGAAGAGGCGUCGGGGAGAAGAAGGAUCACAUUCAUUUGCAACUGAGUCAUCUGCCUCACGAAGUGUUACGCAAGAGACUGCCGGGGGUGUCGCAUCUCGCCUGGGUGUUCGCCGGCGUGGAUGUGAAGACGGAUCCGAUCCCGGUGAUACCGACCGUGCAUUACAACAUGGGCGGCAUACCCACAAACUGGCGUGCCCAAGUUUUGACGCGGGAGAACGAGGAGGACAGAGCGAUCGAAGGUCUCUGGUCGGCCGGUGAGACCGCUUGCGCAUCCGUUCACGGUGCUAAUCGACUGGGCGCUAACAGCCUGUUAGAACUUCUCGUCUUCGGCAAAGCGAUCGCCGAGCAGAUUGACUGCAUCACCAGACCGGGCGAGCGUCACGAGGAUCUGCCGCCAGACAUUAGCGAGCAAUCGAUUUGGCGUUUCGACGCGACCCGUUACGCGAAAGGUUGCGUUCCCGUGGCCGAGCUGCGCGACGAGAUGCAACGCACGAUGCAGACGUAUUGCUCGAUAUACAGAUCCUGCGACAUCCUGCAACGCGGAUGCAGGGACAUAACUCGACUGUACACCUGCGACCUGCCGGACUUAUGCGUCCAGGAUCAAUCUCUCAUUUGGAACACGGAGCUCGUCGAGGCCUUGGAGCUGCAAAACAUGAUACUCUGUUGCAUGCACACGGUGUACGCGGCCGAAAAUCGAAAGGAAUCGAGAGGCUCGCACGCGAGAGAGGAUUACAAGGACAGAAUCGACGAGUACGACUAUUCGAAACCGCUCGAGGGACAAAAGAAACGACCUUUCACGGAACACUGGCGUAAGCACACGCUCACGUGGGCGCAAGAAGACGGAUCGAUCUGCAUUUCUUAUCGGCCUGUUAUCGAUACGACUCUCGACGAGACCGAAGCCCAGCACGUACCGCCCGCGGUUCGCGCAUAUUGACCCGGAUAAUUAAAAUCACUGGUCGGUUCGCGCAGUAACGACGCAGAUAAUUAAUUAACCAGCGGCGUCGAACAAUUGAAUUGUACUAGAUGACUAGAUGGACGCGAUCUUUGACCGUUGCUCGUCCCUACAUUGGUGUCUCAAUGGUACCUUGCAAUCGGAAAAACGUGAAAUGUCGACACCGAGUUGCUGCUGCUGCUGCAAAAAAAAGAAGACAAAAAAAUGGAAGACGACCACGAUUUACGCGAAUGUGCUCAAAAAUGAUUUUACGCGCAAUUUUGUUGCACAGUUUAUCUGAAAUGCAGAACGCAACCGCGACACGCACUCCUUAUUUUUUAUAUGUCGCAGAAACUAAAAAGAACACCAAGCGUUACAUCGUCGAGGUUAUUUUUCAAGAAUAUUUUUAUUAAACUUGUUGAGUUUUUUUUCCGUUAACGAGCGAGGAGGAUAAAAACAUUGUGAAAGGUCAGUCGUGAGAAUAUAAAAAAGAGAUAUAACUUUGCAUACCGUUCGCUCGUAUUUGCAGAUACUCCCUCGAGGUUAGAGAGACGCAAUUUGUUGUGACUUUCGUUUUCUUAACGCGCGGUUGUGUGUCUCGCGCUUUCUGCAUUACGUACCUCAUCACAUUCUCUUAUCACUAAAAAAAAAUGUCGAUCCCACACGUGCCUUCGAAUAGAGCUCUCACCUCUGUUUCUUCUCCGAAAUCGGAAAAAAAA